GAUCAUUCAUAGGAGCAGAAGAGGAAGAGGUGGAUGUGGAAGAUGAUGAGCGAGAAGCAAUAUUAGAUCUUAAUGAUUUGAUGAAGGUAGUAACCUCUUCCAAUGAAGAAAAGAACCAGUAA